UGCACCCGGACAGAAUAAAAUGACGGACCAUGGAUGCUAACGUGGAUAGCAACGUGAAGACCGUCAGAAGGAGUAAAGAGGAGAAGAAAGUUCUACGAAAGCAAUUAAAAGCGAGUCACACUUUGCUGAAGCAUGAAGGGAUCAGCACGGCACCGCAGCCCACCAAGUGUUUGGUGGUGGCUAACGGCGGCCUGGGGAACGGCGUCACUCGAGAGGAGCUUUGUGCGGCUCUGAAGGAGAUGGGGGAGCUGGAGACGCUGAUGAUGCCCCCUCACAAGCCCUAUGCUUUUGUCACAUACAGAUCUGACGAGAGUGCUCGGAAAGCACUCGUCCACCUUAACGGACAAAAGCUGCACUGCGGAGAGAACGGUGUCACACUCUACCUCAGUUACGUUAACUCAGUAACCUGUGAGGAGGAGAAGUCUGCUCCUUUGCCGGAGGGAUUAGUCUUGGCGGAGGAUUUUGUCUCACUGGAGGAGGAGGCCCUGUUGCUCGCCGCUAUAGACUGGUCGUCCACUAAUGACGAUGUCACCGCUCAAAAAGCUCUGAAGCAUAGAAGAGUCAAACACUAUGGCUUUGAAUUUCGCUAUGACAACAACAACGUGGAUAAGGACAAACCUUUAACAGCAGGUCUUCCUGAGGAGUGUCUGCCUGUGCUGGAGCGGUGUGUGAGGGACGGACACAUCAACAUCAUGCCAGACCAACUGACUGUCAACCAGUAUGAGUCUGGACAGGGUAUCCCACCGCAUGUGGACACUCACUCUGCCUUUGAGGACACCAUCAUCUCUCUGAGCCUCGGGGCAAAGACAGUGAUGGAGUUCCGUCAUCCCGAUGGUCGUCUUGUUCCUGUGGUGUUGCCCGGACGGAGCCUCCUGGUGAUGAAGGGAGAGAGCAGAUACCUCUGGACCCACGGGAUUACUCCUCGGAAGUUUGACAUGGUGCCAGCCCACGACCCACUGUCCCCUUCUUAUACAACCUCUGACGGUGGCACCGACAGAAAUCUCACCUUAAGCAAGAGGGGCACCCGCACUUCUUUCACCUUCCGCAAGAUCAGACACGAACCCUGCCGCUGUGCCUUUCUCUCUGCCUGUGACAGUAAGGGAGCUAUCUCUGGGCCCUCGUCUCCUCCGCCGUCUCCCCCUUCACUUCCCUGUUGCCGUGCCGACGCAACCCGCCUGGAGGCGGAGUAUGUGCACCAGGUGUACGAUGCCAUCGCCUCCCAUUUCAGCAGCACUCGCCACUCCCCCUGGCCUCGCGUCUGCCACUUCCUGUCCUUGCUCCCGCCCGGCAGUGUGCUGGCCGACGUGGGCUGCGGGAACGGCAAAUACCUGGGUGUUAACCCAGAGGUGAUUGCAGUCGGCUGCGACCGUAGCUUUGCCCUUGUCCAAAUCUGUGCAGAGAGAGGUUUCCAGGCGUUGGUAUCUGACGCUCUGUGUGUCCCUCUGCGAACAGCCUCCUGUGACGCCUGCAUCUCCAUAGCCGUCAUCCACCACUUUUCCACACAGGAACGUCGGCUGGCAGCAGUGAGGGAGCUGGUGAGACUUUUGAAGCCUGGCGGUCAGGCGCUCAUCUACGUUUGGGCUUUUGAACAAGAGUACAACAAGCAGAGGUCAAAAUACCUCAAAGAGCAUCCCGAGAACCUCAACACCAUCGACAACACGUCAGAAGACGGACAGGAGCCUCAUGCAGAAUCCAGGAGACAGUUAGAAGAAAACGACAGACCUGUCGACAGCCUGCAAGAUGUUAGCAAAGUGGCUGAUGGCAAACUUAGUGUGCACACCAACCGCACAGCCUUCAACACUCAGGAUCUUUUGGUUCCCUGGCAUCUGAAAGAGGGUGAGAAGAAGAACCACAAAAAGAAGGAGUCCGAAAAACCUCCAGCUGACUCUUGUUCAUCCUCUAGUUUUAAAACCAGGUUAGACUGUGACCAUACAUCCAGCCCAGGUUGUGACUCCAACAUGUCCUCUGGAUCCGGUCUUGACACCAGUGACUCUAAGCCCGGUCCAAGUGAUGACACCACACAGACAUCCAGUUCUCCUCAAAAGUCUGAGUUCGAGAGUGGCCCGGCGCCGGUCUUCCACCGCUAUUACCACGUGUUCCAGCAGGGGGAGCUGGAGCAGCUGUGUGUUCAGGUGGCUGGAGUCAAAGUGCAGAGUCGCUAUCAUGACCAGGGAAACUGGUGCGUUAUAUUAGAGAAAGACUGAGGGAGAUGAACUGACUGACACACUCAUUAUGUUGGGAGAUGAUAUAAAUUCUACAGUGAAGCAUGAUGACUAAUUCAAUGCGAAUGUUCAAGAGAGAAAUGAUGAGGAAAGUGGUUCAAAAUAAUUGGAUUAAAAGGAUUUUAUUAAA